AUGCCGUUUCAGAAGGGCGAGGCCGUGGAGCCGGGCCGCGUCGAGCCACCGUUUCAAUGGGAGACGCACAUUCCGCACACGGUGGCGCUGAUGCUGAACGCUACGGAAGAGGACCUCGUGCUCAAAUCCUGUCAGUCGCUCUACAAGUUCGCGCACGAGGCCGAGGUGAACCAGCAGCUGCUGCUGCAGUACGAUAUCCUGCGCCUCCUGCUCGACCAUCUCGGUCACUCCAACCGCAGCGUGCGUCGCAUGGCCGCGAUGACGCUCUGUCAGCUGGCCGGGAAUGCCACCGUACAGACGUCCUUCCUCGCCGACGGCGGCGCCGGAGGGCUGACGCGCCUCAUCGAGAGGCUGGUCGCCGACGACGAUCCUGUAGUGGAUGAGUUCGUCAGCGGAGCACUCUUCAGGGUGGCGUCGCAGCCGGUCGGUCAGGCGGCGCUGCUCGUCGGGGAGGCUGUCCCGGCGCUCACCGCCCGACUGACUUCAUCAGAUCCAGACGUGUUGAAAAACUGCCUGGACACCCUGCUCGCUGUGCUCCAGGACUUUCAGGCGGUACCUGUGUUCGUGGACAGCUCUGGAAUCGAGCGUUCGUUGGCGCUGGUGCGAGUUGAACCCCCGGUGCUUGUGGACCUUGCCCUGGAGGCUCUCAGGAAAGCAAUGUAUACAGAACAGGGCCGUAGACGGCUGAGGGAGAUUGGAGGACUUGAGGACCUGCUGACUCUGCUUGAGGAAGACACACAGGAGGCACAUGCCGCGCGGAUUGUGGCCGUGCUCGAGCACGCCACACUCGAUCCCAAGAGCGUGCGCUCUAUGCACCGGAACGGAGGUCUUCUACUGAUGGUGCAGACUGCCAGAAACAGCAGCGAUCCUCAGGUUCUGGCGCAGUGCGGAGAGGUUCUCGGUCACCUCGGCAGUGACCGGCCAUGUGCGCUGUCUAUGCGCGAGCUCGGCGCAGAGGCGGUGAUCGUCGGCUCUCUGCUCAGCUCCACGCAGCCGGCGGCGCAGCGCGGCGGUGCGCGAGCGCUAGCAGCGUUCGCCCUGCUGCCGGAGGCGCAGGAGGAGAUGGUGAACCGCGGCGCCGUGCCGAUCCUACUCAACAUGAUCGGCGUGCCGGAGACGAUAGGUCCGGCGGCCGCUGCACUCGCCGCCAUCACCAGAGGACAUGAGAACGCGUGCCGCCAGGCCGCCGAAGGCCUCGCAAAGAUCGUGGACCGCCUGAGUGGUGAUUGUGACGAGACAGCGGCGCACGCUGCCACCGCACUGGCCAAUAUGGCCGGCCAGGAGUCGGUGCGGCCAAUGGUGGCCACCAGUCGCGCGUGUGACCGUCUACUGGCCUGUCUGGGCUCCGGCAGCGCGCCUUUGCUCGUCGCCGUCUGUGAGGCGCUCGGAGUGAUCAGCAUGAGUCUCCGAGCGCGCCACGCGCUCGUCGAACACCACAGUGUUAACCUGAUCCUGAACCUGCUGAAGAGCGACUACCCCGCCGUGCGCAGCGCCGCUGUCGAGGCCCUGCAGAUGCAGUCAGCCGACCCGGCGGCAGCAGAGCAGCUCUGUGCCGACCCGGAUGCCAUCGCCGCACUCCGCCGACUGCGUGCCACCUCGGCGCUGAAGGUGAUCCUGCAGGUGAACAUAUCAGCGCUUUACAGCCAGUUCGGUCGCCUCACGGCCUAUCACCGGCUGACGGACGGCUUCUUUGAUGUGGGUCGCGGUGAGGAUGGAGACGUCUUGCCUGAUCUGAUCACCGAGCUGGAGAGACCGCCCUGUCCGGGCCGGUUCGUGUUUCUGCUCAACUCUGGAGUAUGUCCCGCCCGCGUUGAUGCUGCCGGUGAUGACACUGCUGCCAAGGCCGCACAGCAGUCAUCGCCGCGUCGCUCGCCGCGCCGGACCGACCGGGGCGCGCGCGGCACAUCUCCCGUCUCUGAGCGUCCCCCGGCGCGGCCGGUACCGCCCGAAGACCCGCGGCUGGCCGCCUACGUGUCGUACGUGCGUCAGACGGUGGCACCUCUCGACUGUGAGGUCCAGCAGGCGGCCGAACUGGCACAGUUUGUGGCGGACCGUAUGGGCGGCACGGUGAGCCGAGACCAGCUACCCACCUGGUCGGCGGAGCGCCAGCUCUCCGAACUGCGGCGUCAGAGAGCCAGCAACGUGCUACCUGUGGGUGAGGUGAGUCGCGGGGGUCUGCGCUGCCGCGCGCUCCUCUUCAAGUUCCUCGCCGAUCAGAUUAACGUCCCGUGCACCCUCACCAGAGGCAGCUUCGGCAAGUACUGGAAUAGUGUGUUUGUCACGGACCGGAGUCGCGGCGCGCCGGCCGGGGCGUACGCAGAGAAGGUGGUCGAUCUGAUCCACCAGCCUGGAACGCUGAUGACGGUGGGGACCGGUGACGCCGUCAGCUACACGACCGGCUUCUGA